GGAUAAGUAUAGCGCAAUUUCCCUUCCUCCUCCUUUCUGGCGAUCUGCAAUGGACUUCGACUUCCUUUUCUACACCCACUCUCCACCAAGACCGAACAAGCCUUUGCCCUCCACAUCUUCUAGAGUCACUCCACCAUGUCAACCACAAGCAGCUACCGCCCGGCCAACCGUGCCUACUCUACGACAGGCGCAGGCAGUAACAGUGAUGUGUACCUACCCGCCAGUAGCGUGUACUCCUCCGCCUCCAGCUCCAGCACCAGCAGCCGCCAAAGCCGCCUAAGCUCAUCAGGCACCUACCAACCGCGCAGCCACGCCGGCUCGCACAUCGGCAUGACCAACGCCGGCAUCUCCGACCCGCGCCAACGCAUCGGGUACGUAGAGGAUAUGCCCGCGCCGGAUUGGUUUAGUAGUGGUGCAAGUCGGGAUCCUUAUGAGAGGCAGAAGUGGGCGGGUGCCAGGAGGGUGGUUGAUAGCGGCUUGUUUGAUGGGGUGGCGACUGCUGAGAGGCGGGAAGGUGAUGGUUCUGUGGUGUCUUCGUCGGUAUCGCCGUUCGGGCCAUCUACGGUGGCAUCUUGGGAGGUUGGGCCGGAGGAUUCGAUCUCGCAGGUUUCGGGUCAAGGCGGGGCGCGCGGCCGAGGAAGGCGGACGAAGGAUUUAUGAUGGUAAUGCUGUUCAGGCGAUAUUUAAGGUGGGCCGCGGUAGUGGAAUCGCGUCGGAGCAGGGGCAUCUCGUCCACUAUGAGUGGAGCGAUGCAUCGCCUCAAGGAGAACAAUCUCGGUGCUGCUUGCUUCGUGUCAUGCCAGAGUGAUGCGAAGGCGCUUUUGCGCAGUAGAUGCUAUGGAGUGGCGAGCAAUCGUUCGCAAAUGCUUUCCCAUGAAAUCUAGUGUCGUCUCGAAAGGCGAUCUCAUCUCACGUUCCGGCAGGCUGCUCGCUCGCAGGAGCAGCCACCUUCUCCUUGAACGGUUGACGGCACAUCGGACAUUUGCCUUGACUUGACUCGGACUGGAUCCAGUCGCUGAUGCAGUGCAUGUGGAAGCAGUGUGUACAUGCUCCGAUUACUAAUGCCGUCGUUAGUCGUCAAGCGAAUCGACGUUAG